AGAUCUUCAAAGACAAUGGAGUUUAAAACAGUAAUUCUAACCUCUGUUUCUUUUUUCCUCAAUGCAGUUAACAAGCACAAGCCCUGGCUCGAGCCCACCUAUCAUGGAAUAGUUACUGAGAAUGACAAUACAGUGCUGCUCGACCCUCCCCUCAUCGCCAUGGAUAAAGAUGCACCUCUGCAUUUUGCAGAGAGUGUUGAGGUGACAGUCACCAAAGAAGGUGAGAUUUGUGGCUUUAAAAUUCAUGGGCAGAAUGUCCCCUUUGAGGCAGUGGUAGUGGAUAAGUCCACGGGUGAGGGAGUGAUUCGUUCAACGGAGAAACUGGACUGUGAGCUGCAGAAAGACUACACGUUCACCAUCCAGGCCUACGACUGUGGGAAGGGGCCCGAUGGCACCAGCGUGAAGAAAUCUCACAAAGCAACUGUCCAUAUCCAGGUGAAUGAUGUGAACGAAUAUGCCCCUGUGUUCAAGGAGAAGUCCUACAAAGCGACAGUCGUGGAGGGGACGCAGCAUAGCAGCAUUCUGAGGGUGGAGGCCUUGGACGCAGACUGCUCCCCUCAGUUCAGCCAGAUCUGCAGCUAUGAGAUUGUCACUCCAGAUGUUCCCUUCACCGUGGACAAAGACGGUUAUAUAAAAAACACAGAGAAGCUCAACUAUGGGAAAGAGCACCGAUACAAGCUGACCAUCACCGCCUAUGACUGUGGGAAGAAGAGGGCCACGGAAGAUGUCCUUGUGAAGAUCAGUGUCAAGCCUGCCUGCACCCCUGGGUGGCAAGGCUGGAGCAAUAGGAUUGAGUAUGAGCCCGGCACGGGAGCUUUGGCUGUCUUCCCAAACAUCCACCUGGAGACAUGUGACGAGCCGGUCGCAUCAGUGCAGGCCACAGUGGAGCUGGAGACCAGCCACAUAGGAAAAGGCUGUGACCGAGACACCUACUCAGAGAAAUCCCUUCACCGGCUCUGUGGGGCCGCUGCUGGCACUGCUGAGCUGCUUCCUUCCCCCAGCAGCAACUUAAACUGGACCCUCGGCCUCCCCACUGACAACGGCCACGACAGUGACCAGGUCUUUGAGUUCAAUGGCACUCAGGCAGUGAGGAUCCCAGAUGGCAUAGUGUCCCUCAACCCCAAAGAGCCCUUCACAAUCUCCCUGUGGAUGCGGCAUGGGCCUUUCGGCAGGAAGAAGGAGACCAUCCUCUGCAGUUCAGACAAGACAGAUAUGAACCGACACCGUUACUCACUCUAUGUCCAUGGAUGCAGGCUGAUUUUCCUCCUUCGUCAGGAUCCUUCUGAGGAAAAGAAAUACAAACCUGCAGAAUUCCACUGGAAGCUGAAUCAGGUCUGUGAUGAGGAUUGGCAUCACUUCGUCCUCAAUGUGGAGCUCCCAAGUGUGACACUCUACGUGGAUGGUGUUUCUCAUGAGCCCUUCUCUGUGACUGAAGAUUACCCGCUUCACCCAACCAAGAUAGAGACUCAGCUCGUGGUUGGCGCUUGCUGGCAAGAGUAUUCAGGAAUUGAAAAUGACAAUGAAACUGAGCCUGUGACUGUGGCCUCUGCAGGUGGCGACCUACACAUGACACAGUUUUUCCGAGGCAACCUGGCUGGUCUAACAGUCCGCCCUGGGAAACUGGCGGAUAAGAAGGUGAUUGACUGUCUGUACACCUGCAAAGAGGGGCUGGACCUGCAGGUCCCCGAAGACAGUGGCAAAGGCGUGCAGAUCCAGGCCAGCCCCAGUCAGUCGGUGUUGACCUUGGAGGGAGAUGACAUUGGGGAGUUGGAUAAGGCCAUGCAGCGCGUCUCCUACCUGAACUCACGGCAGUUCCCCACACCUGGCAUCCGAAGGCUCAAAAUCACCAGCACAGUCAAGUGUUUUAACGAGGCCGCUUGCAUCACAGUCCCCCCAGUCGAAGGCUAUGUGGUGGUUUUGCAGCCCGAGGAGCCCAAGAUUAGCCUGAGUGGUGUACACCAUUUCGCCCGAGCGGCUUCUGAAUUUGAGAGCUCAGAAGGCGUUUUCCUGUUUCCUGAGCUUCGGAUCAUUAGCACCAUCACCAGAGAAGUGGAGCCCGAAGGGGAUGGGGCUGAGGACCCCACAGUUCAAGAGUCCCUGGUGUCCGAGGAAAUCGUGCACGACCUUGAUACCUGUGAGGUUACGGUGGAGGAGGAGGAGCUGAACCCAGAUCACGAGAGGCUGGAGGUGGAUGUGGCCUGCCUGCAGCAGAAGGGCAUCGAAGUGAGCCACUCUGACCUGGGUGUGGUAUUCACAGGCGUGGACACCAUGGCCAGUUACGAGGAGGUUCUGCACCUUCUGCGCUAUCGGAACUGGCAUACUAGAUCCCUGCUUGACCGGAAGUUCAAGCUCAUCUGCUCUGAGCUAAAUGGCCGCUACCUCAGCAACGAAUUUAAAGUGGAGGUAAAUGUGAUCCACACCAACCCCGUGGAACACGCCAACCACAUGGCUGCCCAGCCACAGUUUGUUCCUGAACAUCGCUCCUUUGUGGACCUGUCAGGCCACAACCUGGCCAACCCUCACCCAUUCGCAGUGGUCCCCAGUACUGCGACUGUUGUGAUUGUGGUGUGUGUCAGCUUCCUGGUUUUCAUGAUUAUCCUGGGAGUAUUUCUCCGGGCAGCACAUCAGCGAACCAAGGACCAGGACACAGGGAAGGAGAAUGAGAUGGACUGGGACGACUCUGCCUUGACGAUCACCGUGAACCCCAUGGAGACAUAUGAGGACCAGCACAGCAGUGAGGAGGACGAGGAAGAGGAGGAGGAGGAGGAGAGUGAGGAUGGGGAAGAGGAGGAGGACAUCACCAGUGCUGAGUCAGAGAGCAGUGAGGAGGAGGAGGGGGUCCCAGGAGAUGGCCAGAAUGCUACCCGGCAGCAACAGUUGGAGUGGGAUGACUCCACGCUCAGCUACUGACCACGUGCCCCCAGCUGCCUGCUCCCGCCUCAGAAGAC